CCCAGNAAUGUGCCCCCUCCACCGCACAAUGUGUCUGUGCCUCCACCCAAUAUGAACAAGCCCCCGCCGCUAAUGUCCAAGCCUCCCCCCUUGAUGGGCCAGCCUCCGCCAGUUCAAAUACCCACCAACCAGCCUCCUCCUUCGCAGCCCUUCCCGAAGUUUCCCCCGCCCCCAGCUGGCAAUCAGAGCUACAACCAGCCGCCACCCAAUUUUGACAUGAUGCGCAUGCCCGGUCCAUCGGGUAUGGCCCCUGGCCCCUCGGGUAUGCCCCCGGGCUCCUCAGGUAUGCCCCCUGGCCCACAAUCCGAGAGUGUGUUUUCAUCUAGCAUCCCUGGGGGUCUAGCCACAGUGCGUAUCACCGGCCGGGAUAGCAGUUGGAGUGGACAGAGGAGAGGUUCUCACAGUGGCGGUGGUACUAGGUAAUCACUAAGGUGAAAGUCACCAUGGUUAGAAAAAUGAAACAGAUUUCAGAGGCUCAAUGAAACAAGACAGUAUCUUGUGACAAUUUCUUGUAAUGGCGAAGUCACUGUACUUGUAUGUUCAAGAGAGUAAUCUUUUGAGGGAAUUUUUCUUUUUUCCGGAGUUGUUUUGUUUUGGUUAUGUUUACCUAGCUCAAAAAUUACACAGUAAAAAAGACGGCAGUCACAAACUAGGGUUUGCCCGAAGUGGGGUUAUAUUUUCAUUUAAAGAUUGUAGUUAUUGUGUUAACCACUUACCGCUGGUGGCAGUUAUCAAUGUUGAUGAUGCUGGGGCGGGAUAUUUAUCAUUUUUUUCUGUUUGCAAAUUUCUUUAAAAAUUUCUAUCUUCAUUUACUGGACACUUACAUCCACACAAAGGACUGUCUGGUGGCCACUCUAGCCCGAGAGACAAAAUCAAUCGACGCCUGAGUAUUUUAGCCAGGCCUGCAGCCUUGUAAAAAGAGCUCAGAUUGUGCGGUGUUAUGUAACUUUCUUUU